AUGGACGAAAAUGGUGAAUAUGGCCGAGAGCCGACGGAAAGAGAGAUAUCAGCUGCUGAGAUGGAGGCAAUACACCAAGCUAUGAUGGAAGAGCUUGGUCUUGGUCGCAAAGAUGCCUUACCACUCGAGGAUAGAGCUGCCGAUGUUUCAAUGGUACCAAUGACAUCCACCACCAAGCGUGUUAGACCAGAGAACCCUGCAUCUGCUUGGCAAAACUUCAGUCCUGAUGAUGUCGAGCCUGGUCUUGGAGACCUUAGCGAUAUCGCCGGCGGACAAUUGUAUCGACUUCGGAGAGGUGGUAGUGGACUAAGCAAUGGUGGGAGAGGUGGUCACUCGGCGGGUCGCGGUCGAGGUGGCGCUUCGAGCAGAGGUGGCCAUGUAUCUGUGGGUGGUCGCGAAAAUUUGGCAGCAAAAGGCAGAAAUUUCGAUCAUUCGAGAUCUAGUCAAACCCAUUCCCAUGAUACUAGAAGUAGUGCCAAAUCUCGUGCUGCAGUUGAUUCUGGUAUUGCUCGUUUACAACGCGAGGCUGAGUUCAGCAAAAUGCUGCGAUCCAGCGAAAUGAUGCGAACGGAAGGUCGUGCUGUCAAGAUGCCUUCAUCGGCACCCAGGUCUGCGAAACCAGUUCUUCGAGCUGCAUCUCAUGCAGUGACUGGAGCUGCUUCUUCAGCAGUAACUCGACCCACAGUUUCGAAAUUCAAGCUCGUCUCCUCUGCAGCUUUCCUUUCGCAUGCUAAUAUCAGCUCUAGCCCGACUACAAGAGCUGCGGAGCCUGUUAUUUCUGCACCCCGGUCCAACACUGGCAAUGUUCUGCCACCAGCAACCAGCUUGAAACCACAACAGGGCCUUGAGAGUUCGAUAUGGGCACCAUCUCCUGCUGCACCCCAGCUCAACACUGACAAUGUCCUGCCAUCAGCAUCCAGCUUGAAACCACAACAGGGCCUUGAGAGUUCGAUAUGGGCGCCAUCUCCUACUGCGCCCCAGCUCAACACUGACAAUGUCCUGCCAUCAGCAUCCAGCUUGAAACCACAAUAUGGUCUUGAGAGUUCGAUAUGGGCACCAUCUUCUGCUACACUUGUCAACACGUCCGAGCCAAACCAUCAUGAUCAAUCUGCUGCCCCCUUGAUUUCUACGAGCAUAUCCGCGUCAAGUAAUUCUGCUCAAUCAGUCAUGCCCACCGUUGGUAUGAAUAUCUCGGAGUCAAACUAUUCUCUUCGAUCUGGAACAUCAGCCAUUCCUACGAAUACUUCCAAGUCAAACCAUUCUUUUCAAUCUGGUACUGUUGCCACCCAUCUGGAUCUAGUAACAGAUAGUGUAUCAAUCCAGCGUAGACCAUUCGUCAUGCAUACUGUAGUAGAUGAGAGAAACGUCAAGUACAGCAAGAACAACAGUCUGGACAAACCUGGGAUUGUGAGACUCGUCAAAUCUGAUGAAAGAUCUCCUUUGACUCUCGAACUUCAAGUCAACGGCGAUAUUGUUCUCAGCGAGUUACUGACGGAGACCACGGAAAUCAAGGUCCAAUCAAAUUUCCUCACAUACCGGGCAGAUCCUACAACAGAACAAUCACCCACUUGGAAAUUCAUAUUUCAAUUACCAGGUCCAGCCAAGGGCUUCCUUGAUUGCCAUACUGUCACACUUUCUGAGCUGAGACGUAAUGGAUGCUCAUCUCAAUCCUCAGAACAGGGAAGGCAGAGUUCACGUGUGCCUCUAUCUCCCGUUCCAUCGUCCACAAUUUCCUGUUCGUCAAAAACUACAUCGCGAAACGAUGUAACGUAUCUUCCGAACAUAAUCAGCAGUUCUACAUAUGCUGAUCUCGCUGAGCUCGAUUGCGAAGAGACCCUCUUCUCACUUCAGGAAGAGGAAAAUCAACUCGAGGAUGACCAAGUUGAAACGUAUUCGUCUUUACAAGACCUUUUGAGCUUGAUGGAAGGGGAUAUCUUGAGUCACACACUCCAGGUUCUGAAUAAAGACCACGGUGGUUCUUUUGUUGAUCAUGUUUAUCAGCUGGCCAAGGGAACAGGGCUUGAAAAUGAUCCGCACUUCAUGGAACGUGCCAAGAAUGCUAUCGGUGGUGGACUAUCAUCCUCUUGUUAUUCAACUGAGAAGCCCAUAUUGACGGUCACGGAAGAACUUGUUGCAGACUUUCUCAAGAAGUCUAAAACAUUAUCACAAUUUCCUGCGGAAUUUCUUCACACCUAUACCAAAGAAAUUUCCAAGAAGAUUCUCGACAAAGCUCAGGAAGCUCAAAAUCUUCAGGUUGCUACCCAAUUAGCAACUGCCAGCUUUAAUACGAGUUUCAAUUCUGUACAGGCGCCUGAAAUUGUUGAAGAUAUCAAGCCCGUCGAAGCUGUCAAGCCUGGCAUAGUCAUCAAGUCUGUUGGCACUUCUGAUAUCAUUCCUAGACAAGUACGAAUAGCUUAUUCAGUCGAGGAAAUGUUCAUGAUGCGACCAAAUGCUACAUAUACCACAAAAGUACUUGCUGCAAGAGAUUCUCUUGAGAAAUACCUCGCUAGUUACAAGAGAGGCAUUGCAUCAGCCGACAUCAUUCAAACUACUGAUUCGGGUGUGAGAAUUGUUGCCGGUAGGAGUCGAGAAUCACAGUACAAGGACUCACAUAGAGAUACUGCUACAAAAGCCCAUUCCUCUGCAAAGACUCGAUUCGCAAGCACAGCUAGCAAUCAAGAAGUUCCACAGGUCAUCCAACAAGAUAAAUCUAUCGAGAAGCAGAUACCGGAGCCAAAAAGACUUACACCAGAAUCAUUGUCUGAUGACAACGCUAAUCACAUUUCAACAGAGCUUACCAGUCGUCAAGACUCUUUUGGUAAAGGAGAUGGCACACCUUUUUCCAAGAUAUCCCCUGCGGAAUGGAAAGCUCGAUUCCGUGGUACUCUCAGUAAUCAUACAUCCUCAACGAUCACUAAAGUCAAGGAAAUUACUACCACAGGCAACAAAGGAAGCAUUAAGAACGAUGUACUUGCAUGUAUUUCUGUCGAAGAUAAUCUCAACAAAUCAACAGCUGAUACCCGUCAACAGAGCUUGUCUGAUAAGUCUAGCGGAACAUCCUUCAUUGCUUCCCAGGCUACAACUCACAACAAUCCAAAGAGUUCUACCACUGCUGCGGAGAGCGAGGUAAAACUGAAGGCAGAGUCUGGCAGAGAUACUAGUCCUCUUGUACUUCCAACAAAUAGAGGUCGGAGCACUUCUAGGUACGCCACUCCAAAUGGCGUGAGUCAAGCAGCCAUUCUUCGUGGUAUGUCUGGUUAUAAUACUCCUCCACGUCAGGUUGUUGAGAGACAAGAAUCAUCCAAUGGAUCAAGUGAAUCUUCAACAGCUUUGAGAUUAACACAAGUGCAUGACACUCUCUUAUGGGAAGCAUCUCUGUCGUCUAAGCAAACACAAACGUCCAUCAAAGAGGAAAGCCCUGAAGCUCCCAAGAACGGAGUUGUAGAUAUUGCGUCUACUUCCGAAUCUGGAAAGCCCAUGCCUGUGACCAUUUCCCACAAGUCUGUUUUAAAGCAAAGCCCUACAAACCCGCUAACUCAAUCAGUAUCUAAAGUCGACAAUGCUUCGAACUUUAAACAGAUACCUGAAUUUAAGGUUGUGAAGCAGACAGAAGCUCCUGCUACUGUUGUCGGAACUGCAGCCUCGGUCACUGUUGACAUAUCUGGAAACCAAAUGGCUAAGACUGUUGGUUAUCAAGAGACUAAUCCGGUUGCGUACGACAUGGUCACAAGAAAGGAAAAGACCGUAUCCAAAGUUGAAAACCAGCUUCCAAUCAGAAGAAGACAUACCGCAACAAAUUCAGAUGUUGACAGACUUGCCCAAGUUCUGAGCAAUUUGGACGUCAAGACCGAGAAGAAUAAUGAUAUAGUAAUUGAUGGUUUGCCGAUCCCGGAACGCAGUAUCAGUCCCACUAUUGAAGAGAUCCUCGAAAAGAAGCGUAAUUGCGGACUGUCGACAUCAAUAUGGGCAACCCCUGAAGACGCCGUCUUCAAGCCUGCAUCUCGUACUCCGCAAUCAAAUUCGACGGGCUACGGUCGACCAAGUUUAACAAAGCCGCAACAUCAUCGACAUCGAGUAUUCUCUCCUCACAAUAAUCAUCAAAAUCCUGCCAUGCAAGCACAAGUACCAUAUGGAGACUUCUUACAACAUGGAAACCAGUAUACCAGUACGCAAGGACAAACUUCACAUGGAUAUCACUCUCCAGGAUUCAAUCAACAAUAUCUUGGCCAACGCAUGCAGCAUCAACAGCCCCUUUAUGUUGUGUUCCCAGCUGUUCUAGUGACAGGUCCAGUCACAAGUAACCCCAAGGCAGUAACUGGUAUUCCAAUUGGAACACACGGUCCAUCUGUUGCGAAAUUGACAUCUGCUGAUGUAGGAUAUUCUCCUUCAAGUGUGAGAGGUUUCACACCGUCUAGUCCAUCUUCGUUUCCCCCUAGACCUACAAUGUUAGAUAGAAGUUCUUCCGAUUCCGACAACGAAGAUACAUUGAAGGCAACUGCGCCGGUCUUCACUCCUUCUCGCCAUAAUGACGGAAGCACUAUGAAUCGACCAGCGUUAUCACCUCUCCUCAAUCGCUUGAAUGCGCAACAGAAAGCUGUCCAAGCCAGACUAAAUAAGAGCUUGGCAGAGCGAUAA